AUGUCCGUUAAAAAUCCAUCACACUCAAAUGGGCACAACACAGCUCCAUCGAACAACACAACUGGCCCAGCGCCUGCAGAGGGCAGCGCUGCUGAGGCCAGCACGGGAAGGCGUGGCCGCAGCGGAGCACAGCUGGCGAUCCGGAACCAGUGCAGACCUGGGAUGGAUCCAGACCUCUUGCGUCAACGUGCAGCAUUCCAAAAGCAUGCCGCACGAACUGUUUCUGUACAGCAACGUCCACAGAUACAGCUGCCAUCACCAUCAGCUAGCCAUACAACCUACAAUGCUGAAGCGGCGAAAAAGAAAAAGAAACCUGUGCAACCUACUCCAAAACCUGUUGCUGAACUCGACUUCAGAUCAGCAAUAUCGCACAGUAACGCAGCAAAUUUCGGUACCAUGGCCAAGAUAGUUGACUAUAUGAAGAAACGACAUUUGAGCCAGCAACAGUGGCCUUUGUCUCUGCAAGAAAUUUUGGAUGAGUUGCAAGUAUACGAUUUACCAAAACGAUCGGAAGCGUGGUUAAAAGAGGCACUUCCGAAAAAUCCGAGAUUAACGUGUGAUGAGGAGUCGAAGUUCUGUUACAAACCACCUUACAAAAUCAAGGGGAAAACGUCUCUGGUAGCAGUUGCUAAAAAGCACCAUCAGGACGUUAAAGGAGGCAUUCUACUAUCUGAGCUGAAUGAUUGUAUUCCCAAUGGAGAAAAGCUGCUGGAGGCCCUUGCUGAUCAGAUCAUCGUCGUCCCAACGCAGGUCAACAAACGCAAAGACAAGGUGUUUUUCUACAAUGAUCAGGAGCUAGAUAUUCAUAUCGAGGACGAAUUUAAACAAAUCUACCGCAAAGUGUCUGUCGAUCAUUUGGAUGAAAAAAAGAUUGAAGAAUACCUUCAGAAGCACGGUAUUGAUGCAAUGAAGGAUCUCGCUCCAAAGAAAAUUGGCGUAGGACCAUUGAAAAGAAAGGCUCCGAAACGGCGUCAGAACCACAAAGUCCAAAACCAACACUUGGAAGGUGUGCUAGAAGACUACGAAUAG